AUGUUGCUGCAGAAAGCCCUAGCCCACGCCGCAGUGGCCUCUCCAUCGCUCACAAUCCCUUCUGUUCGGAGACCACUCAGAUCUUCUGUUCCCCUUAUCGCCUGCUCGUCGUCAGUCCGAUCGGAGGCAGCGAGCUCUUCCUGCAACGAGAAGCAGACAGAGGAGAGGGCGGGACCGAUUGCAGAUCCGCCAUCAAAGCUUUUCGAGUCCGCGGCCGUCUCGGCGGGACCCUACCCCGGGGGACUCGGCCCCCACACCGGUCGCGAUCCUAACGUGAAGAAGCCGGGGUGGCUGCGGCAGAGGGCACCGCAGGGGGAGAAGUACUCGAGGCUGCAUGAUUCACUUGCCGAGUUGAAGCUCAACACUGUGUGCGUCGAGGCCCAGUGCCCUAACAUUGGGGAGGUGGGUGAGUUGGCUUUAGAAAUGUCCUCCGUUUUCUUUUUUUCUGUUUCUUCUUCCUCGUUUCAUCUUUCCAAUAUUUUGGUCUCGUACUAAUCAUUCUCUGAUGAGUUCUAGCUCGCUGUCUCAAAUCUGUGUUUGGAUCAGAACUGGCUGCUUUUCUCGAUCAGAAUAUGGAUUUUUCACCGUCACGUUGAACUCUAGAUUUCUGCUUUUGAGGAUUUAGUUCUGUUUAACACCUUUUUUUUGUCCAUUUAGGUUUCCAAAUUCCAUUCAAUACCCUUUUUUCUGUUCUUUUAAUCUUCCAAAUUCUUUUUUUGUGCUUUUAGUCUUCCAAAUUCUUUUCAGCACUCUUUUCUUGUUCAUUUAAUCUUCCAAAUUCUUUUCAAUAUCAUUUUUUUGAUGAUUUAAUCUUCCAAAUUCUUUUCAAUACCAUUUUUUUGAUCAUUUAAUCUUCCAAACUCUUUUCAAUACCAUUUUUUUUAUCAUUUAAUCUUCCAAACUCUUUUCGAUACCAUUUUUUUUAUCAUUUAAUCUUCCAAACUCUUUUCAAUACCAUUUUUUUUAUCAUUUAAUCUUCCAAACUCUUAUCAAUAGGUUUUUUUUGUUCUUUUAAUCUUCCAAAUUCUUUUCAAUACCAUUUUUCUGAUCGUUUAAUUUUCUAAACGAGGCCGUAGUUUACAGGUGAUCGUCUACGUAAUCAUCUCAAUUGGAGAACUUAAUUAUCACUCAAUGCGGGCUCCUGGUUUCCUCAACAUCCCUAGCUGUAAUCAUGUUUUCCUUUAGUCAUUAAUAAUAUCAUAUUCUUAGAUCCAUCUGUUAUUAAUUUGCGAUUUUAAACUAUUCUCUGCACCGGAAACUGUCAAUCAUUCUGUAUCAGAUCGCUGUUCAUGAUUUAUACAUCAUUUUCGAAUCAUUUGUGGCAUCAGGGUUAUGGAUUAUCCUCUAGCAAUUAAUCCAGCUCUUGAAGAUUGCGCUCCAUUGAUGGGGUAGCUUGCUUUUUUUCUUUUCAAUUCUUCCCAAUCCCUUGCUCCAUUGAUGCCAUUAAUGGGAUCUGGAAUGGCAGGAAGAGCUAAAUCCAGCUCUAGAAACUAUUCCAGCUCUUGAAGUUCACGCUUCUCCUCUGUCUUACCAGUAAAUACUCACUUACAUUAUGGGUUAGCAUGCUUGUUUCCAAUCCCCAUGACCUGCUUUUUUUGCCAAUUCUGCCUAUUCCUGCUUCAUUGACGCCAUUAAUGGUAUUUGGAAUUGCUGGAAGAAGCCUGAAGGAUCAGAACUCCCCACUUACAGAGUGUGGUGCUUGUUUUUCAGUGCUGGAAUGGAGGGGGAGGUGCAGGUGGUGAAGGGGACGGCAUCGCGACUGCAACCAUCAUGCUUCUUGGCGACACCUGUACUCGCGGCUGCAGAUUCUGUGCCGUCAAAACCAGCAGAAACCCUGCUCCACCGGAUCCCAUGGAGCCUCAGAACACCGCAAGGGCAAUAGCCAGUUGGGGGUGAGUCUCCAUUUUUAUCCCUUAGAACACCCGAAGUAGAAAAGAAGGGGUCGAUCCCUCUCUCUUUCCCAUUUCUUCAUGAUGGGUGGAAAUUCUUCAGAAAAAGAUGAAAAGAUUUUUACUUUUUAUGGGUAUUUUUAAUUGUUAUGAGUGGAUAAGAAAAUGUGGGUGUGUUCUAAAAAAAUCUCCUUUUUUUUCUGGCAGCGUGGAGUACAUUGUACUAACUAGCGUUGACCGAGAUGAUCUGCCUGACGGAGGGAGCGAUCACUUUGCGCAGACAGUCAAGGCUAUCAAGGUGUAGAGAUUAUUUUCUAAUGAUGCUAGUUGACUUUUGCAUUGCAUUUUGCUUCAAUUAUCGACGGAUGAAAGAUUUUAAGUCAACUCGAAGAUCUAAGGUGGAAGAGACACCGUUGACUUUCAGAGCCUGAAGCCGGAGAUCUUGGUUGAGUGUCUGACGUCGGACUUUCGAGGGGACUUGGAGGCGGUGUCCAAUUUGGCCACCUCUGGGCUGGACGUGUUUGCCCACAACAUCGAGACCGUGAAGCGCCUUCAAAGAAUAGUGAGGGAUCCUCGUGCUGGGUAAUAACCCUACAUUUUUCCUUUUCACAGUAAUCUCAAGUUCUCAAUUUCUCUCUCCGUUGACCAUACAACUGAUCUCCAACUGUAGCGGGUGGGAGCUUAUUCUCUGAGUCCAACAUCUUGAUUCUUGUGGGUCUUUCAUGCCAGAAGUUUUAUAUCUGCGACUAUUCAAAUUCUCUUCUGUUCUAAGUUCGAUCGAAAUAGAGUGGACUUCUUCGUUCCUCUCGUCACUAUAUUCUGACGUCAUUAAGAAAGACAACCAUGAUCAGGUAUGAGCAGAGCUUAUCCGUUCUCAAGCAUGCAAAGCAGUGCAAGCCGGGAAUGGUGACCAAAUCGUCCAUAAUGCUGGGCCUCGGAGAAUCAGACGAGGAGAUAGAGAAAACCAUGAUGGACUUGCGGGCCAUGGAUGUUGACAUCCUGACUCUAGGACAGUAUCUGCAGGUGGGUUGACUCUUGAGCGAACCCACGUCAACUGUUUCACUGUAGAACCGACCAAUAUCAGGAGUUGACUCUUUGUCCCCACUUGCAGCCGACCCCACUGCACUUGACGGUGAAGGAAUAUGUUUCUCCCGAGAAAUUUGCCUUCUGGAAAGAAUAUGGGGAGCAGCUCGGCUUCCGAUAUGUAGCCAGUGGUCCUCUGGUUAGUUCUUCCCCUCCCACAGCCCCUCUCCCUCUCUCUCUCUCUCUCUCUCCCUCUCCAAGUUUUAGUCAGCUCCUUCAAUGUCUCUGGUUUCUCUCUCUCUCCAAGUUUUAGUUGGCUCCUACAAUGUCUCUGCUCUUUCUCUCUCUCUCUCUCUCUCUCUCUAUCUAUCUCUCUCUCUCUCUCUCUCUCUCUCUCUCUCUCUAUCUAUCUAUCUAUCUAUCUAUCUCUCUGUCCCCCCCCUCUCUCUCUCUCUCUCUCUUCUCUCUCUCUCUCUCUAUCUAUCUAUCUCUCUGUCCCCCCCUCUCUGUCUCUCUCUCUCUCUCUCUCUCUCGCUCUCUCCAAGUUUUAGUUAGCUCCUACACGCUCUCUCUCUCUGUCCCUCUCUCUCUCGCUCUCUCCAAGUUUUAGUUAGCUCCUACACGCUCUCUCUCUCUGUCCCUCUCUCUCUCUCUCUCGCUCUCUCCAAGUUUUAGUUAGCUCCUACACGCUCUCUCUCUCUGUCCCUCUCUCUCUCUCCCUGCGAGAUCAUCAGGUUUGAUCUAAUUUGGGUCCGGUGAUCUAAUGUUGGAUGGUGGGUCUGGCCUACUUUUCCAGGUUCGAUCUUCCUACCGAGCAGGCGAGCUGUUCGUCCAGAACCUAGUGAGAGAAAACAAGAGCUAG